AUGCCUGCUGCUGUCCUUCUCGAUUCACCUUCUCAACACGCGAUGUCGCCCGACACCAUGUCAGCAUCCCAGGCCGAGUACGACGGACUCGGGAAGGAAGAUUCGUACACAGACAACGAGAAGGCUCCCGCAUACGACUUCUCAAGCUCUGCGGAGGUGGUGGACAGGAAGAGGCAGUCUCCAUACCUGUCGCGUAUGCGCUCCACGACGACCCUGGUCCGCCACGCGCGUCGGUCUGGCCUGUGGAAAGCGCCGGUGAUCAUGUUCAUGACGCUACUCUCCGCGGCCAUCGUUGGCAUCGCCCACCAUGUCUUUCUCACCGUCCUGGAUGAAAAGAGCGUGGCCGAUUUUCCGUAUCCGCAGACGUGGAUCCGUGACGUUGGCAAUGCUCUUUCGCGCGUGGUUCAAAUACUGUUGGAGUUGUCCGUAGGCAUUGCCUUGACACAGAGCAUCUGGUUCUACGUGAAGCGCUUCAACGUGUCCCUCAGCGAGGUCGACGAUUUGUUCUCUCUGCCGUCGAUCACGAGCUUUCCGCCUAUUCUCCUUAAGUGGAGCGCACUCUUGGUGUUGCCGUUUGCAAUCAUGAUUCAAGCAUUCGCUCUCGUCGGUAUUCUCGCGCCCAAUGCACUAUCCGUGAUACCGGCUCGGCCAACGAAGGUCACCCUGAAAGUCCCUUUUCCUGGUCUCGAUAAGAUACCGGUUGUCGACAGUUCCGUGUUUUGGGACUACUCCAAGGGCUUUCUCUACUCUUCGCCUUCUCCGGCAUUCAGCAGAGUUGCGAAUGGGGUACUGAAUAACGGAGCUUUCCUGCCCUGGACUGCACCGUCGGGAUGCGGUUUGGCAUGCAACUACACUCUCAUCUAUCAUGGCCCUUCACUGCAGUGCCAGGAUCUUCCGGAUCACUCCAUUGCUGUCAUGCCCACGGUUGAUGCCUGGGAUGGCGAUAGGCGCCUGCCUCAUCCUGCCUUCAUCAACGGCAGUAUACCGGUCGUCAACCCCAUAGCUUUCAUAGAGCAAGACGUUCUUUACAAUGGGACGAGUUCCAUCGGAGUUCCGAAGCUCGGUACUCUUGAUAACUCAACGCUGCCUACGGGUCCGUACUUUGACCGUACCUGGGCGCCUGAAGGGCCCUACGCGUUUCAGCUCAUCUAUGCUACGAACAACUUCUCUAUUGAUGCAGGCAAACAAGAUUACUAUCGCACUUCGGGGUCGUACUGCAUCUUUCGAAACGCAACCUAUCAUACGUCUGUGAGCUUUGCAAAUGGGUCACAGACUGUUGUUCCUCGCAUCUCAGAGUACGGCGAUCCGCUGCUGUGGUUGCAAGAGUCAGAUGAAAGCAACCCAUGGGGAUGGAUCCAGACGUUGUCUUCAGACUCAGCUGCCCAGUUCUCCUUUGCUACGCUCGCGCUUGUCGAUGCGAUCUCUCGCUACUUCACAGGACAAGUGUCGAUUGUGGGACGUGGUCCGGCGCAGAUCACCGCCUUGCAUACUCGCAUCCUUGACUCGGCCGUCUUUACCUUCACAGCGAGCAACAACCCAAACACGUUCUCCAUUGCGCCCUCUUCUGCCAUGACGAACGGAGUCAGCCGAGCAUUAGAAGAUCUUUGCUCUCAUGUCAUAGCCUCCCUCAUGUCCGACGAAGCCAGCCUGGGAAUACACGCGCCAGUGACGGCUACUGUUCUCCCUGACAUGAACAUCUAUGACUACAGGCCCUCUCGGCUGUGGCUCGUGUACGGUGUCGCAGUUGCUGUAGCAGCUGUCGCAAACAUCUUGGGACUCGCGUGUAUGCAUUGGAAUGGAGUUGCGAUGCAGCGUACAUUCUCGUCAGUCGCCGCCUCCGUGCGCGCGCGCGAGCUUGAUGACUUGUUGAGUGGCCCCGAAGAGGCCCCGCGCCCUAUGGCGAAGGUCGCGAAGCUACGGUACCGCGCGGGAUUGCACCGGGAAGAUGGGAGGUCGGGUUUCUGCAUCAUAUCAGGCGGAGACGCUGUGCAGAUGGCUGAAGUGGUCCGAUUGAACGCUAAUGAGGGGAUGAGCCCGUAG